AUGGCCCGCAGUGAUGAUGAGAUGGGCGCCCCGUCGGAGGCCCACGCGCCCGCAGAGGCACGACGCAAGAUUGCGUCGAAGAGGCCGCCCCCAGGGCCUCCAGGGCCGCCAGGGUCAUCUUCGGGCAUCGAGUUUAUCGUCUGCUUCUUGUGCCAGGAGGGCGGCACCCUCUCCGAGAGCUGGUUUGGCAAGCCGCUGCACCACCAAUGCAAGCUCGCCGUGCGUUCCCGCAGGCGCGCCGUCAUGGGCUCUGCUGCGGCUCUGAGCGACCAGGCCGACAUGCACCGUGAUCCCGAGAAAUGGCGCGCCACGCACUUGCCCUACUUGGAAAAGGACACGCGCAGGGCCGCCAUCCAGGAGCUCAAGACGAGCCAGAAGCAGGAGGAGUCCAACAUGUCAGUCGAGAAAGACCUCAACGGGUGCGAAGACGUCUGGCUCACCAAGGUUCGCUUCCGUGCCUUCAUGGGAUUCUGGGAAGGCCUGUCCAGGGAGGAGGCCGACGAGCGCUUCGACGCCGAGUUCGACGCGAACCCGAAGUACAACAGGAGGAACCAACAGAUCGUCCUCGCUGAGGGCAACGAGUACGUCAAGCACGAGGCGGGCACCGAGUCGAAGCGCGGGGCCACCCCCGAGACGCUUCCCCAGCCAGCCCGCAAGAAGCUCAAGGCCACUGAGUCUCCAGAGACGCUCGGCCCCCACGCGAAGCACCUGCACGCCAAGAAGGCGCUCCAGGAUGCGGUGAAGGAGAUCGUGAAGGGCUUCGAGGGUAAGGCCACCACGUACGCGCGCUUAACGAAGCUGGCAGAGAGGCACAAGGGCUACGCCGACUUGCCCGAGAACUUGAAGGACGUGGUGGAGAAGUUCGCGAGCAUCCAGAAGCAAGCGAAGCAGCUUGGCUUGAAAGCUGAGCGGGCUGGGCCCACUGGAGAUGGCUCGGUUGCGUCGUGCACUACGGAGCUGGAUUCCAUGAAGGUGGAGUUGACAUCUUGCUGGGCGGACGCCACGGAGCUCGUUCAGUCCUUGGAGUUGAUCGACAAGGAAAUGCAGACCACCAAGCGGAAGACCUACUUGCAGGACCGCCACCAGUCUCAGAAGGUGCGGGUUGCUGGCACUCUGAACGCGUCUGGCGCGUUCGACUCGCAGCUGGCAGAGCACGUCGCCCCCUUGAUCGCGCAGACCUGGGCGAAAGCUCAGGCGACCAUGGUUGCUGACGAGGAGGGUGAUUACAGCGCCUACUGCUUGCAGCCCGUCUCCAGCUGCGGGAUCACCAUGGACGCGACCAUGAACGAGUUCAAUCCCACAAAGCUUUUCGCUUGGAAGACUCCGUUCCCCUCCUUCCAAGAGAUGCUGGUUGACAUUCGCGGCCGCAUCGAUGAGCGCUGCAACAGGCUGAACGAAAAGAUGGCAGCGAACCGUGAUACUUGGUUGGGAGCUCAAGCGAACGUGGAUUCCGAAAACGAGUACGGUGAGCACCUGAAGUUUCUUCCCGGCCUGGGGCUCCACCUGUGUUGCAUCGUUCGCAAUGCGUUGCGCUUGGGCGCGAUGGCCGUGCCGCUUCCAGCUUUAGGUUGCUUCAUGUCCCCCUUGAAUGAGAGCAUGUUCGUGUUGGUGUACGACGUUGCCGAGAUCAUCAAUCAGGGGAUUGUUUUGAAGGACAUCCAGACCUUCUUGAAGAGCUCCUCUGGCGAGGGCUUCCUGAAGUCCAAGCAUGCCGUUUGCGUGUACCUUCCGAAGAAUGCAGUCCUUUUCGUGCCCAGCGGUUUCUAUGCGCAGCCACUCUUCUACCAUCCAGGCCCCAGGAAUCAGAAGAUCGAUCCUAAUUGGCUUCACUACCUGCACGUCCCUUUUUUGAACGCGGAGAUCGCCAAGACCGUGGAUCCAGAUGUGUUCAAGGCGGCCACCGCGUUGUCUACUGUGCAUUUGGCCCCGCUGCAAAGCUCGAUGUGGGUUGAGCGCAGGAAGGGUUUCUCAGAUUUUGUUCAGCAGGCCCUCAAGAUGCCCGUGGAGCACCUGGACAGGCCGUGCGCCCUGCUGGGCAUCUACACGGGGCACAGCUCGUUGCGUGAUUCCGGCCCGGAACUCCAGAAUUUCCACCUGAAGCUGCUGCCGCGGCUGGCACAGUUCCCCGGGCGCUGGCUGGGCGACCGGCUGUGCGCGUCGCUGGUGGCCGUGCUGGCGGAGCUCGAGGCCGACUUCCGGGCCAGGCACCCGGGCGCCGCGGACGCCUGCUCCGCGGCGGUCGCGCUGGUCGUGGGCGCGCAGCUGGCCGUCUGCCUGGCGGGGCGCUCGGCGUGCCUGCUGCUCGGCGCCGGGGCGCGGGCCGUGCCCGCCGCCCCGCCGGCGGGCGCGCGGCGCCGGGCGCUGAACGAGGCCGCAGAGCGCAACUCGGACGGGGCGGGCUGCGUCGGGUUGGGGCCCGCAGAGAGCUGCUGCCUGCUGCUGGGAGCCUCGGCGGCGGAGGCCGCGGCGGGGCGCCCGGAGGCGGCCGCCGCCUGCCUGGCGCUGGGCGCGCGCCCGCGCGCGGCCUGCGGGCAGCUGCUGGCGGCAGCGGGGCGCCGCGGCGAGGGCGGGGAGGGCACCGCUGCAGCGAAGGAGGGCAUGGCGGCCGCCGCCGCCUUUCUGAGCUGGCGCGGAGCGGCGGCCGAGGAUGGCGCGGCCGCGGAGCCCUCGCGGAAGCGGCCCAGGGUGCAGGACAAGGAGGCAAGCCAGGUCCGGGUGCGCCACAUCCUCGUGAAGCACCGCGACGUAAAGGGCGCCCUGGACAAGGUCCGCUCCCGGCCCGUGCGGCGCUCGCAGUGGGAGGCGGAGGAUCUGCUGCGAGGCGCGCUGUGCGACCUGGCCAUGGUCGAGGGGCAGCCAAAGAAGUGCUCUGAGCUCUUCACGCAGAGGUGCCGCGAGCUCUCCGAGUGCGCCUCAGCCCUCAAGGGCGGCGAGUUCGCGGGCGACCUGGGCUGGCUGGCGAGGGGCGGGAAGAAGGGUCCUGCGGAGAAGGCGAUCGAGGAGGCGGCCUUUGGACUGAGAGUAGGCCAGCUGAGCGACCUCAUUGUGACAGAGUCUGGCGUGCAUUUGCUGUACCGUUCUGCCUGACCUCGGCGAGCGAAAACUCAUGAUCAAGAUCAUGUACGCAACCGCACGUUCGCACGUUCGGUCUAUCGUCGUCAGCACCACUCCUCACCCUGUUCUCCCUCC